AUUCUAAAAUUAAAUUAUUGUUUUCCUUCAUCAAUCAACACACAAUACUCCACAAUGACAAAAUGAAAACAGGUUUUUAUAAAUGUUUGCAAAUGUAUAAAAACUCGAAAUUGAGCUUUAGUGCAUCCUGUCGAAAUUGACCAUCCUUGAGAUGUUGCUACAGCUUGAUUGGAGUCCACCUGCGGUAAAUUAAAUUGAUUUGGAAAGGAACACACCUGUCUAUAUAAGGUCCCACCGUUGACAGUGCAUGUCAGGGCAAAAACCAAGCCGUGAGGUCGAAAAUGGCAGUGCAGCGACGCGCCACCUUAAACCUUGACAGAGAUUGAGAGGAUCUGCAGAGAAGAAUGGGAGACACUCCCCAAAUUCAGAUGACCCUUCUGACAAGCCCCCAUGUCGAGGUUGCUCAUCUAACCUGGUGGAACCCUACAUAAAAUGUGCUGAGUGUGGACCCUCACCUUUCCUUCUAUGUCUCCAGUGUUUUACCAGAGGGUUUGAGUUCAAGAAACAUGAGAGUGAUCACAAGUAUGAAAUAAUGACAUCAGACUUCCCUGUGCUGGAACCUGGCUGGACAGCGCAGGAGGAGAUGGCCGUACUGGAAGCAGUUAUGGACUGUGGCUUUGGGAACUGGCAGGAUGUAGCGUAUCAGAUGCGCACCAAAAGCAAGGAGGAGUGUGAGGCCCACUACAUGAAGAACUUCAUCAACAACCCCUUGUUCUCCUCCACCCUCCUCAAUCUCAGACAGAUAGAGGAGGCUCGUACUGCAGACACAGCCAUUCCCUUCAAACCCACUGACGAUCCCCCCAGGCCCACCUUUGACUCUCUGUUGUCUCGAGACAUGGCUGGAUACAUGCCUGCCAGAGCAGACUUCAUGGAGGAAUUUGACAACUAUGCUGAGUGGGAUCUGAAAGACAUUGAUUUUGUGGAUGAUGACUCAGACCUACUACAUGCAUUGAAGAUUGCUGUUGUUGACAUAUACCAUUCAAGGUUAAGGGAGAGAGGUAGAAGAAAGAAGAUCAUCAGGGACCAUGGACUGAUCAACCUGAGGAAGUUCCAGAUCCUGGAGCAUCGCUACCCUAAGGAGGUACAGGAUCUGUAUGAUGCUAUGAGACGUUUCGCCAGGGUGGUGGGCCCUAUCGAACACGACAAGUUCAUAGAGAGUCAUGCAUUGGAGUUUGAGCUGAGGAGAGAGAUUGGCAGGCUGCAGGAGUACAGGAGAGCAGGCAUCCAGUCUUUCUGCAGUGCCAAGGUGUAUGAGCGUGUGAAGCACGUGCGGGAGGAUGAGCGGAGGAAGAGGACCAUGCUAGUUGAUGUGCUGCAGUACAUUCAGGACGGACGGGCCUGCCAGCAGUGGCUCAGCAAACAGGCUGACAUUGAUGCUGGUAUCACUCCUGUUGUCAUCACCACAUCAGCAACAGGCAGGAGAAGCGCCCCUCCUCUCAACCUGACCGGCCUGCCAGGGACAGAGAAGCUCAACGACAGGGAGAAAGAGCUGUGCCAGGUGGUGCGUCUGGUGCCAGGUGCCUACCUGGAGUACAAGCAGGCCCUGCUGAACGAGUGCAGGCGGCAGGGUGGUCUACGGCUGGCACAGGCCCGGGCACUCAUCAAGAUCGACGUCAACAAGACACGCAAGAUCUACGACUUCCUGAUCAAGGAGGGCUACAUCAACAAGACCUAGGCCAGCCUGAGACCAAGGUUGUGUCAUAAAUGGAACCCGAUUCCCUAAAUAGUGCACUACUUUUGACCAGAGCCGGGUGCUAUUUGGGACGCAUCCAGAGUCAGAACUGUUCCAGCAGAGGUCGGCUGGACUGGACACUAACUGAUACGUUUUAUUCUCAUGUUGUCUUGGUGAAAUGGUUCGUGGGGCGACGCACAAUUGGCCUGAUGUCAUCCGGGUUAGAGAGGGUUUGGCCGGUAUGGAUAUCCUUGUCUCAUCGCGCACCAGCGACUCCUGUGGCGGGCCGGGCUAACCAAGCUAACCAAGGUCGCCAGGAUGCGCGCUUGGUUGGGUUGUGUUUCGGAGGACGCAUGGCUUUCGACCUUCGUCUCUCCCGAGCCCGUACGGGAGUUGUAGCGAUGAGACAAGAUGGUAAUAACUAACAGUUGGAUACCACGAAAAGGGGGUAAAAAAAAUGUAAUGGUUUGUCGAGAUCGGUGUGGAAGAACUUGACUGGCCCGCAUAGAGCCCUGACAUAAACCCAUCGAAACCUUUUGGGAUAAAAUGAAAAGCUGACUGUGAGCCAGGCCUAAUCACCCAAAAUCAGUGCCUGACCUCACUAAUGCCCUUGUGGCUGCAUGUCCCCGCAGCGAUGUUCCAACCACUAGUAGAAAGCCUUCCCAGAAGAGUGGAGGCUGUUAUAGCAGCGAAGGGAGGACCAAUGCCCAUGAUUUUGGAAUGAGCUGUUUGACGAUCACAUACUUUUGGUCAUGUAGUGUAUCUCUGAAUUUGUUAUCAACUUCAGGUCCUACAUUUUGCGUCAGUCUUGCCUUGUAUAUGUUCUAACCAAACUGACACAGUACCAGUCAAAAGUUUGGACACACCUACACAUUCAAGGGUUUUUCUUCAUUUUACUAUUUUCUACAUUGUAGAAUAAUAGAGAAGACAUCAAAACUAUGAAAUAACACAUGGAAUCAUGUAGGAUUGAAAAAAAAAAAAAAGUGUUUUAAAUAAUCUAAAAAAUAUUUUAGGUUCUUCAAAGUAGCCUUGAUGACAGCUUUUCAUUCUCUUAACCAUCUUCACCUAGAAUGCUUUUCCAACGGUCUUGAAGGAGUUCCCACAUAUGCUGAGCACUUGUUGGCUACUUUUCCUUCACUCUGUGAUCCAACUCAUCCCAAACAAUCUCAAUUGGGUUGAGGUCGGAUGAUUGUGGAAGCCAGGUCAUCUGAUACAGCACUCAUUACUCUCCUUCUUGGUCAAAUAGCCCUUACACAGCAUGGAGGUGUGUUGGGUCAUUGUCCUGUUGUAAAACAAAUGAUAGUCCCUAAGUGCAAGCCAGAUGGGAUGGAGUAUCGCCGCAGAAUGCUGUGGUAGCCAUGUUGGUUAAGUGGGGCUUGAAUUCUAAAUAAAUCACUGACAGUGUCACCUGCAUGUACCAUCACACCGCCUCCGUGCUUCACAGUGGGAGCUACACAUGCGGAGAUCAAGCGUUCACCUACUCUGCGUCUCACAAAGACACAAUAAUCUCAAAUUUGGACUCAUCAGUCCAAAGGACAGAUUUCCACCUAUCUAAUGUCCAUUGCUCAUGUUUCUUGGCCCAAGCAAGUCUCUUCUUAUUAUUGGUGUCCUUUUAGUAGUGAUUUCUUUGCAGCAAUUUGACCACGAAGGCCUGAUUCAUGCAGUCUCCUCUGAACAGUUGAUGUGUCUGUUACUUGAACUCUGUGAAGCAUUUAUUUGGGCUGUAAUUUCUGAGGCUGGUAACUCUAUUUAAUUUAUCCUCUGCAGCAGAGGUAACUCUGGGUCUUCCUUUCAUGUGGUGGUCCUCAUGAGAGCCAGUUUCAUCAUAACACUUGAUGGUUUUUGUGACUGCACUUGAAUACAUUUUCAAAGUUCUUGAAAUGUUCUGGAUUGACUGACCUUCAUGUCUUAAAGUAAUGAUGGACUGUUGUUUCUCUUUGCUUAUUUGAGCUGUUCUUGCCAUAAUAUGGACUUGGUCUUUUACCAAACAAUCUAUCUUCUGUAUACUGAAUGGGUUAGGAAGGAAAGAAAUUCCAUAAAUUAACUUUUUAACAAGGCACACCUGUUAAUUGAAAUGUAUUCCAGCUGACUACCUGAUUUAAGCUGGUUGAGAGAAUGCCAAGUGUGCAAAGCUGUCAUCAAAGCAAAGGGUGGCUACUUUGAAGAAUCUAAAAUAUAAAAUAUAUUUUGAUUUGAACACUUUUAUUGUGUUAUUUCAUAGUUUUGAUGUAUUCACUGUUAUUCUACAAUGUAGAAAAUAGUACAAAUAAAGAAAAACCUUGGAAUGAGUAGGUGUCAACUUUUGACUGGUACUGUACCUUCCUAUUUGUACAGUACUUUAAUUGUCAGUGACACAGGAGCAGAUAAGAAAAUAGUGUAUUUAUUUCUCCUUGUAAUGAAAUGUUUUAUGUAAAAUGUAUAACAGUACAUGGUGUAUUUUACUUAUCAUCAAUGUGUAAUAGCAGUUACCUGUUACAUGAUAACCAACUUUCCAUCAUAGCAUCGGUGCUGAGUUGCUUUAUCUAAGCAGGUUCUGUUAGCAACACCUCUCCCAGUUUGAUAAUGGGUUCCAUCUCUGAUUCGAUUCCUUCUCUGCCAGUGGAGUGAGUCUGGGGCUGUAUUUCUACAACUUUUCAGAGUAGGAGUGCUGACCUAGGAUCAGACACCCCCACCCAUCCAUGUAAUCUUAGAAAUCCAAAAGGCAAAACUGAUCCUAAAUCAGCACUUUUAACUUGAAACUCUAUAUACAUACAGGCCCUGGUGUGACGUGAGAGAUGUGACUAAUGCUAACUACCACCUAGACCCAGCCAGCCAUCCCAGCGGCCUCUCCCUCUACUCUGAUGGCAUUAUCAGAGCAGCGGUGUCACGUCAGCCAGCGCUAAUAGCCUGAUUACAGCUCCAGAUCCCCCCCUUUGAUGAUAAGAAGGAGGCUGCUUCCUGAAAUGGCCUUGGGCCUGGAAAUGUGCUCUGUCUACAGGGAUGAAGAACCCAGAAAGUCUGUUUUGCAACCUAUUGUUAUUUCUCUUUUUUGCUAUGAUACUAGAAUAUUGUUUAUGAUUCUGAGGUUCAGCAAGAUCAGUGUCUGUUACUGUGGUCCCUAACUAGUAUCCUUUGCCCCAAUCACAUAGUUUCUUAUAAUACCAGUCUGCUGCAGACUAUGCAGGACCUUGUUAAGACCAAUGCAGUUCAAGAUGGCUUGUGAGGUUGUAGGUGUAUUGGAGAGUUUGAAAAAGUUGUCAGCACUGUUGGUAUAAGCUCUGCCUCCCAGGUACAAUGACUGGACUCUCAAUCAAUGUGGCUCUGUGGGGCCACGUGAACCCCUUAUCUACAUUGCAAAUGGGCCCUGGUCAAAAGUAGUGCAAUAUAUAGGGAACAGGGUGCCAUUUAGGAUACACACACUCUGCCACCUGCCUACCUCCUGUUGAGAAGAUGGAGGAGUGUGAAAUAGGAAAGAGAGACUGUCCCAAAAGGUACAUUAUUCCCUAUAAAGUGUACUACUUUUGACCAGAGCCCAUAGACCCUAGUCAAAAGUAGUGCAUUAUAAAGGUACUAGGGUGUUGUUUGGGACAUAGACCGAGUGCAGGUAUCAUGGGAGGAAAUCGGGAUGAGGUUCUGUGGGCGAGAGAACGUUUAUCAGGCAGUAAGAAGCUCUGGGACAUUCAUUUUGACACCAAUGUCUCAUGGCCAGGUAAACAAGUUAAUUUGCUGGGUUGUCUUGGAAUAAGCGUGACAUGGCAAUGAUCAAUAAAAUAACGAAUCAGU